AUGAGUGGUAGCAAAUAUGGAGACCAACGCUCUUUCAUUGAAGUUAUAAAUGAUGUUGAUUCAUUCGUAUUGAAUGAUAGCUUUUAUCAAUUAAUAACUCAUGACAAUACAACAUGUAUUGGUUAUAUAUCAUCAACAAUUGCCAAUUAUUUCAUUGGAUUUGAUAAAUACUUUAAAGUAAAUCACCAACUAAAAACAAUAACAAUUGAUAGUUCAUUUGAUACAUUUGAAACGAGAAAUAUUAUGAUUGCUGAUAUUGCUAACCAAUGGAGAUCCAUAAAGGAAUUGGAUGAACAAUUAAAUAAAGGUUGGAGAAAUGAAUUAUACACAGCGUAUUAUCCUUCUACUGAACCUUAUUUCUUAGUUGAAAGAUCCUUUUCGGUAUUGUUAGGUGUUGUAACUUAUGGCGUUCACUUAAAUGGUUAUAUUCCUGCUAAUAAAUCAUCAAAUGGGAAAUUAAAAAUGUGGAUUCCUCGUAGAAGUCCUACCAAGCCAACAUAUCCUGGUAUGUUAGAUAAUACAGUUGCUGGUGGGUUAGGCUAUCCUCAUGGGAUUUGGGAAACGGUAAUUAAAGAAUGCUUUGAAGAAGCUGGUUUAUCCCAAGAGUUUAUUGAGAGUCAUGCUAAAUGUGUUGGUGUUACUCUGUAUUUAUAUAAAACUAAAGAUGGUCGAGUACAACCAGAAGUUGAAUAUACUUAUGAUAUUGAAUUUGAUAAUGAAUUUGAUGUUAUCCCACAUCCUGAAGAUGGUGAAGCUGAAUAUUUUAAGUUAAUGGAUAUCGAUGAAAUAUUAGAGAGGUUGUAUAAUAAAGAAUUUAAACCAAAUUGCGGUUUAAUAAUUGUUGAUUUCUUAAUUAGACAUGGUUUAAUUACACCUGAAAAUGAACCUCAUUAUUUUGAAAUUGUUAAUAGAUGCCAUAGAAACUUACCAUUCCCAACUAGAUAG